AUGGCUAGUUUCUCCCUGCAAGUAUUCCUCCUCUUCUUCUCUGGCUUUCGAAGACGCUACAGCUCCCGCCUGCUCAGAUUGCUGUUGUGGCUCGCCUACCUAUCGGUCGACUCCCUCGCCGUAUAUGUCCUCGGCCGCCUCACCCUCCGCGGCGGUGGAAACCCACUGGCCCUCUUCUGGGCGCCCUUCCUGCUGCUCCAUCUAGGCGGACAAGAAACUAUGACGGCCUUCUCCAUGGAGGACAACACGCUGUGGAAGCGCCACCUUCUCAGCCUCGCCACCCAGGUUCCCAUGGCCAUCUACGUCGUCGGCAAGCAACUGCAAGGUGACGACCAGUGGCUUGUGGCUCCAAUGGUGCUCGUGUUUGUUUCCGGCACAGCCAAAUUCACGGAGAGAAUCUGGGCACUCAGGAGAGCUGGCUCAGCGAUACCUGGAACAGAUAGCUCCAGCAGUUCAGAUCUUGUUUCCCGUGCGUCCGACGACGCUUCCUGGGAUACGCAGGAGUUCUUCCUGAUGUUGAGCCUCCUUGUUUCGAAGAACCAGGAGACAGAUUCCGAUGUCAUCCUGAAUGUGGCAGCCGAAGGAUUCAAAAUAAGCCUGCACUUUUUGAUGGGCACAACCCCGUCAAUCUCUCUGCUUCCUGAUCAUAUCGUGGCGAUCAAGAAUGCUGUGGAGGGAUUCAAAUCUUCAGAGAACAUACUCUUCAUGGCAUACAAGAUGUCCGAGAUCAAUCUCUCGAUGAUCUAUGACUACUUGUACACCAAGUUCGGCACGCGCCAUUUCCACAUGGCCCCAGGUUGUAUCGCAUGCCAUCGGAUUGCCUCUCUUGCCUUGACACCUGUGGCGCUUGGGUUGUUCGUGAGUGCCAUGGUGGGUGCUCGGUCUCAAAUGGGGUAUGAUGCAGCUGAUGUCAUCAUAUCCUUCAUACUACUUGUUGGCGCUAUCGUACUGGAGACAUGCUCUAUUUUCAUGUCAUUCACCUCAUCGUUUUGGGCAUACAAGAGCACCAUGUCAUGUUCUGUGAAAUGCCCAGUUUCAGUGUUGCUCAGAGUAGCCCGGCGUCUCCAUCCGGAAAACCGACAAGAGUGGUCGGCAAAACUGGCACAGUACAGUUUAGUCAGGAAGUGCAUCCAGGAGAACAAAAAAUAUGGCUUCCUGAAACGGAUGAUGAGAUGGAUCGGUAUGGGUGAGGGGGCCGUCACGCAUAUCUGCAUAUCUCCUGAGAUCAAGAAGCUGGUCCUUGAUAAAUUGCUGGACAUAUCGGCCACCCCUUGCGCGCAGGAAUGGGACAUUGCCAGGUUCCAGGGCCAAUGGGCGCAAUGGGUGGCCAAAACGAGGCAAGAUCAUCAGCAGCAGAAUGCAGCUCAGCGCGUGCUUCAGGUCAGCAACAUUCAAGGUUUGGAGUUUGUCUCAAGCGCACUUCUUUGGCACAUUGUGACAGACAUAUGCUUGCUGGACGCUGAUGACGAUGAUGAAAUGAACGCCAGCUCCUCUCAAGAUGUCGACGAACGGCUGCACGGUGAUUCGUCGUCGUCUCAGCAAAACGAUGUACAUGAUGGCAUGGCCGGACUGAGACGCCAUGCCAGAGAGCUUUCAGAAUAUAUCAUGUACCUCGUCGCACAUUGCGGUGCCAUUGCUGGAAGUGAUGGGCAUUAUGCGGUCAUUAGGGGCCGUCGUGAGGUGUCGCGCUGGUUAGUUAAGCGUGGAGGAGCAAGUAAUCAUAAGAACCUGAUCAGGGAUAUUCGUGACGAGGAUAGCUCUUUCUUCCAUGAAAACUACUACCCCAUGCUGGAUCGAGCUCGCAGGGUCGCCUCAGACUUUCAUCAGAUUGAACACAACCAUCGUUGGGAGCUGAUUGCCGCAGUAUGGUUAGAGAUGCUCUGUUACAUCGCAUACAAUUGCGGCCCUGCUUUCCAUGCCAAGCAUCUAACAACCGGUGGUGAGUUUGUGACUCAUGUCAAGAUGCUGCUAUUUAUGCUAGGCGUGUGA